AAAGCCCCGGCAGGAUCAGACAGAGUACCGGGUUUCUGUCACUGAGAUUUAUUGAAAUUAUACAUGGACUCUAACUUUUUGGGACUUGUCUGAAGGGCAGAUUGCCCUACUCAACCCUUCUGAAUCUCACUGUACUCUAAAUUGGACUCUACUGGACUUUAAUUGAACUUCCUGGAGGGAUUUUUUUAUAUUUCCCCUGAAAAUUGCUUCAAAGUGUCAGCUGUACUGACAGUUUGAAUGGAGGCUGAUCUGCUCUGCACUGAGAGUUUGCUUAUCUAAAAGCUUGAGAUAUUCAAGGGGAAUCAUAGUAAACAGAUAUCUUUCUUUUUGGACUUAUCUGACACAAACUCCUUGAAUUGAAAAGUCAUUCAGACCAAAUUAUUUAUUUUGAAACUCAAAAGUAUAGAUAAAAGUAAAUUAAAUGAAGUGACUCAUUACGUCCAGGUUAGUCUGAAAAUAGACUGUUUUCUCCAUUGUUAGGAUAUUUAUUUUUCCAGUAAGUCAGGGAUAUUUUUUUAAUGUUGGCUUAGUAUGCAAAAGUUCAUCUUGCAAAGCUGCAACAACAUGAACGUCUUGUGCAUCCUGUGGCUACUGACUCUCUGUGUGGCCCCUGGAAGCCGAGGCCAGAGGCUGAAGGAGACAGAGGGGGAGCAGCCACUAGUUCAGCUGGCAGAGAGAGAUGCGCUUUGCCACCAAGACGGAUGCUAUGCUGUCUUCCUCCAAAAAAGAAGCUUCAGGGAGGCUGGGCGGAGCUGCAGAGAGCUAGGUGGAACCUUAGCAACAAUGCAUACCCAUGAAGCAGCGGGUGUGGUCCAUGAGCUGCUGUCAGCGAUUGAGGCACAAGGCUCCAGGUUGAGACUUCGCCUCUGGAUUGGGCUGCACAGACCCCCACGACAAUGUUCAUCUAACCGGCCUCUCAGAGGAUUCGUCUGGGUUACAGGAGACCAAGACGGCCAGUUCACAAACUGGCUUCGUGAAGAGUCCCCUGGGACAUGUGCAGCCCCUCGCUGUGUGGCCAUGAUUGCCCACAUGGCUGAGAGUGGACGAGAGAGCAGAGAUAACUUUAAGUGGCUUGAUGGCUCCUGUGUCCUACCUUUGGAUGGAUAUGUGUGCCAGUACAACUACAAAGGGAUGUGUUCACCGCUGGAGGAUGAGGGAAGAGGUUCAGCUGUUUACACUACCCCAUUUAAUCUUGUCAGCACCCGGCUGACCCAUGUGCCCUAUGGGUCUGUAGCUGUUCUACCAUGCCCUGUGGACAGCUUAAACCCAAAUGCUCCUAAUGAACAGAUGGUGCUUUGCAUGGAGAGCGAUGAUGAGACAGUGGGCUGGUCUAGAGAUACCCCGCUCUGCUCAUCAGGUUCAGCACCAAAGAGCCAGGACUGGUGUAGGGGAGACCAUGGAUGUGAGCAGUACUGCCAGACCACAGACACAGAUUACUACUGUUACUGCUCUGAAGGCUUCGUGAUAGAUAAGGAUGGCUACACCUGCAAGAUUGACCCCUUAAGCCAAACCGACCAGCCUGAGCUGUUCUCUGACUCCGACAACACCACUGACCACCCCCAAAUCAAGGAGGUCUGUGUGGAAAUGGGGUGUGAGUAUAACUGCAUGGAAACAGCUCGAGGCAUCCGCUGCACAUGUCCCCCGGGCUACCAAAUGGGUCCAGAUGGCCGCAGGUGUUCUGAUGUCGACGAAUGUCAACAGCAACCAUGCCCACAACUCUGUGUCAACAUCCCAGGCACUUUUCUCUGCACCUGCUACCAGGGAUAUCAGACAGAUAAUGAGGGCGAGUGCAUGGAUAUCGAUGAGUGCCUCGAUGAAGGCAGCUGUGAAGGCCCUUGUGAGAACACAGUGGGUUCCUUUGCAUGCUUGUGUAGCCCUGGCUAUGAGCUGGGCAGUGGAGGAGAGUGUGUAGACAUGGAUGAGUGUGUGGGGGAAUCGCACUGCCAACAGCAGUGUCUCAACUUCAUCGGAGGGUACCAGUGUUUCUGUGACAGCGGCUUUGACCUGCAGCCAGAUGGACUCACAUGCCAGCCUUCAAAUGAUGAUGGAGAAUAUUCCACUCUGACCCCUGACCCCAGUGACUCUGCUGAGCAUGAUAUUCCCUUUUCUAACUCAUUCACCCCUGAUCCCAACUUUGAAGUUGAUAGCAACUUUGAAGACAAGUGGGGGACAGAAGCCACUGAGGUCAUUUCCCCUGAUGUGGCUCAUAGGUCAGAUAAUGACCUAAACCAAUGGGAUGACCUGUCACCGAGGCAAUACCAGACAGCCCCAUCCCCAACACAAAAAGGCAGCACAGACAAUGAAAUUGAUAAUGAUGCUAAGAUGGGAAAUAGAGAACCUGGUGAUGGUGUGGUAGCUGAUACUGCAAAUAUAUCACCAGGUGGGGCUGGGGAGGCAAAGAUGGGUAGCGCAGUGAACACCAACGGCACAGCAGAAAAUGUAGCUGGAUCUGAUGAAGGCAAACGAAAGCACGACAAGAGCUGGUUGCUUGUAGCCCUGCUGGUGCCUCUUUGUGUGUUCCUUGUAGUGAUGCUGGCUCUGGGGAUUGUAUACUGCACCAGCUGUGCUGUGGACAAGAGCCUCAGCUUUUCAGACUGCUAUCGCUGGGUACUUCCUACAACGCCUCCUGAGAGGAGAGAGGGCAAAAAUCAAGCAUGAACCCAAAUUCAAACACACUCAGAGAUGUGUUUAGAUGUUUGUUAACACUCUUCUGGUGCCGAAAGACUGGUCAUUAAAACUGCAAUUUGGAUAGUACCGCUGACUUGCUCUAAUCAUUUCUGUUGCAGAGCCUUUGUAAAUAGCUCACUCAUCAAGUUUUUUGCUGUUCUUGUUGUUUGUUUUUUUUAUUCAAUAAAACCAUGGAAAAGAU